AUGUCAACAUCGCAAUCGCCCAAUCUAAACCAUUCGUUGCACUGUGCUGCAUCCUCAUUCGCGGAUCUUGUUCUAGGCUCUUCCAGCAGCCGUACUGUAGCAGCAGCAGGACCUGAUGGACAAUCCGCAUCUCACGCCGCUUCUCGCGCCGGGAUUCCCGGACAAUCCGCGGCUCGUGAAGCAGCUUCUCCCGAAGCUGACCUGUCAGCACAGCUAUCCGUCGCGGACCUGCUGACGUGUCUCUCGCGCAUUGAAGAGCGGUCCGAGCAAGUGAAGGCGGAGAUUAUACAGGAGGUGGAAGGCAGACACGAGGAGCUUCGGCAGCUGAUGUGGCAUGCGUGUCAGGCUGGCGAUGACGUGGCGGUUCUGCUAGCUGAGGUGGACGCCCUGGCUGCCAGCGUGUCACCAGCAGAAGGACUUAGAGGACGGGAAGGAGGAGGGAAUCAUGAUUCUGGUUCUGGACCAGCCUCGGCAACUGGCUCGGGGAUAGGUCCAGGCUCGGGAGCAGCACUAGGGUUUGUGGAGGAGGUGGUAAGGGCGACCAAUGAGGUGCGAGCGCUGAAUCAAGCAGCCAAUGAGAAAGCAGAGAUCCGGAAAGCAGUGGAGGAAAUUGUUCAGCUUCAAAGGAAGCAGGCAGAGAUGCAAAUUCUUCUGGGAAGCGGAAGGCUCCUGGAAGCUGCGACUCUAGCUCGGGCCCUUAAAGCCUCCUUUGUGGAGGGUGAUAAGGGUGAUGUGGGGGGGCCAAGGGAGGGUAAGAACGGGGAGGGAGAAGGGGGUAAGGUGGACGAGGGAGAGGGGAAGAGUGGAGAGGAGGAGCGAGGGGAGGAGCCUGUGGUGGUGACGCUGCUGCGGCAGCAAGUGGACGCCAGCUGUAAGCAGCUGCAGCACAGCCUGGAGCAGCAGCUGUGGCAGAUGCUGGUGAUCGACCCGUCCAGCCACUCCAUCCGUAUAGUCACAUCCGCUGCACUCACACCCGCCAUCACCAGUGCUGCCAGCACUGCUGCUUCUGCUCCUGUUGUGCAACUACCAGAGGUGCUCUCUGCCCUUGAAAUGCUGACCGGUGGGGAGGGCAGCACCAUUCGCCUGCAGCGCCUGGCGGCGGCCCUCUGGCCUCGCAUGGCCGAUAGCAUCAUCGAGAGAUGCCUUGCAUUGGCCGUGCCUCAAGAGACGAGGGAGCUGGCUCGCUUUCAGGAGGUGGUGGAGGUGACACGCGCAUUUGAAGCAGCCCUCCGAGCGGAGGGGUUUCUCGCUCCACUGCCUAAAGCUUCUGCAGUGCUGAAGGACUUGAAGGCGCGGGCAGGGGGAGCAAAGAGAGCAGCAGCACCAGUGGGGGACAGGCUGAUGGCGUAUGCUGCAGACGUGGACGUGCAUUUCGCAGAGAAGAAACGAGUGGCGGCUCUGGCGGCUGUGCGGCACCUGCUGCUCAAAGGAGACUUUUCAGUCUCACGGCUUGUGGUCACUCCUGUGAGUCCAGAUGUGAGCAACGCAGCGCUACAGCCGGCAGUGUUUGGUCAACAGCUGCUACAGCUGGUGGUGGGAGGGGCAGGCGCUGCUGCUGCGGCUGCUGCUGCUGCUGUGACGUCUGACUUGGACAACUCGGUAUUCUUCUGGGAGCCGUGCCACGUCAGCGAGCCAGUGUGCAAGAUCCUCGAAAUUGUUCACAACACCAUGGAGGAAGCUUCCCAGUCUACGGAUCGCACGGCUAUGGAACUGUAUCGGGCAGCACGAGACAUCUUCACCCUCUACCGCGCUCUGCCAUCCUCUGCUCCUGUUGACGUGGCACAGCUGGCCAUGGUAGCAGUCAACGACCGCCUGCUGCUCAGCCACGUGUGCCUCUCCCUCGCGCUGCAGUACCGCGCGCGCCUGCCAGCUGGCGUGCGCCACGUGGCCACCUUUGCUGACGUGGCGCCGUUCCUGCGCCAGCUGGCGGAGGAGCAGAUGCAGCGCGUGCUGGAGCGGCACCACGGGUAUCUCAUGGAAGCACUGGAUGGGGCGCAGGGGUUCAGGAAUACGGAUGAGGAGGAGGUGUACCGGUGUGCACUGAGGGCUCUCAAACAGGUGGUGCACCACCUGGCCCACCUCUCAUCUGUCUGGCGCCCAGUCUCACCGCCCUCGCGCUACCUUCGAGCCAUGAGUCGUCUCGUCUCUGCUGUGCUCUCCCGCUGCUGUGCGCACGUGCUCGCCCUUCCAGACAUUUCCGUCGAUGAAACCGAGCAGCUUCGCAAACUCUUUGCGGGGAUGCUGACACGUCUGCCUCCUCUAUUCCACGUGGACCUCUCAGGAGCCAUUGGCAGCGCCCAUGGCGCCACGUCAGCAUCAGCAUCUGUCGCUGCAGCUGCUGACCUGGAUGCUGACGUGUCAGAUGCCAUUGCUGACACAGCAACACUGGAGUCUCUUGUUCCUGUGUAUCGCAAGCUGAAAAGACUAACAGAUUUGCUUGACAUGCCACUAGUGGCAAUCACACAGGCAUGGGAGAGUGGGGACUUGUGCCGCUGUGGUUUCACCUCUGAUGAGGUGCAAAGGACCAUUCGAGCCAUAUUUUCAGACACCCCUCUUCGGCGAAACUGCAUUGCCAGGCCGUGGACCCCUGACGGCUUUCUCGAUGAUCCCGAGGUGGCCGCUAGGAGGCCGGAAAUGGACGCUACCUGCGAUCUCUGGGAGGGGAAGUGGGUGUACGAACCGGAAAUGUAUCCGUUGUGGAAGACGGGGUCUUGUCCGUGGGUCGAGACGGGGUUUGAAUGUGAAGCCCUGGGUCGGCAUGACACGGAUUAUAUGAAGUUCCGAUGGCAACCGCAUGGUUGCAAUUUACCAAGGUUCAAUGCAUCGGACAUCCGACGGCGGCUCAAGGGGCGCCGGCUGGUGUUUGUGGGAGACUCGUUGUGCCGCAACCAGUUCGAGAGCGCACUUUGCCUCCUCAGCAUUGAUCUUUACAAUGUUUCUGCUGUUGCUGAGCGCACGGGCAACAAUCUGACCAAGAAGGUGGACACGAUGGUGUAUGACUUCACUCAGUUCAACUUCACCAUCGAGUACCAUCUCUCACAUUUCCUCGUGGGCUUCCACAGAGCUCCCCCUGAUGCACCACCACACAUUGGAGCAGUGGUCAACACAGACACGGUGGAUCCUCUCUUUGCUCGAAGGCUCUUUGACGAACGACCAGAGGGGCUUAUACUCGUGCUCAACGCAGGCCACUGGUUCACCCCGUCAAAGAUAUCGCGUCAGAACGUCUCCUUCUUGGUGAACAACCAGACUCGCCCAGACAUCGAUGAGACCGAGGGAUUCCGCCUGGCCAUGGUGCGCGUGUCGGACUGGCUGCAGCAGUGGCCUCCUAAGGCUGCCAACGCGACCGCUGUCUUCCGCACCUAUGCCCCCGCCCACUUCGCGUAA